CUCUUCGUCGUGCACACGAGAACCCCUCCCCUCCCCUCUCCGUACACUCACAAUCCGCCAUUGCUGGCCUUCUCACCGGUUCCGAGAAUCAAACAGGGAAAACGAAAGCGGGCCGGGGAUUCCCUCGAUUCUGCAAUUGAUCGGAGAUCGGUUUAUUUGGUGGGAGAAGAUGCCGCCGGCAGCUGGCCCCGUAGCUCAUCAUCAGCCUAAUAAUCGGCCGAUGCUGAUGGGGAAUGUGGUGUCCCCGGUAGCGCAUCCGAAUCCGGCGGUGGUGUCGGAUUCCUUCGCCAAGGACGCCGUUAUUGCAUGGUUUCGGGGCGAGUUCGCCGCCGCGAACGCCAUCAUUGACGCCCUCUGCAACCACCUGACGCAGCUCGAAGGCGGCGGGGCGGGAUCCGAGUACGAAUCGGCGUUCACCGCAAUCCACCGCCGGAGGCUCAACUGGAUCCCGAUUCUCCAGAUGCAGAAGUACUACUCCAUUGCGGAUGUGGCUCUCGAGCUCAGGAAAGUUGCCGCGAGAAAAGAGGAGGUCGCCGUCGCCAGGGAGGCGGCCGUUUCCGUCGUCUCUGAAAUGAACGCGGCGGUUUCACACGCUUCUCGGGAGGAAGCGGUUGAGGAUACCGGAAAGGGAGGCGGCGAGGCUGUUUCGGAAGAUUUGGUCAGAGACGAUUCACAUGGUUCCCCUGAAAGUGAGAUCACCGACUCAGGAUCCCAAGAUGUGCAGCCUGUCCAAGAAGACAUUGAGUUCUGUUCUCGCCAUGAAAACUGCGAAGAACGCCGUUCUCUGUUCAAGAUGACCAAAGGGUUCAUGGGUAGGGAGCCAGUGAAAGGGCAUAUGGUGAACGUUGUUAGAGGCCUGAAGUUGUACGAAGACAUAUUCUCUCCAAUUGAACUUUCAAAGUUGAGUGAUUUUGUGAAUCAACUCAGAGUCGCUGGCCGAAAUGGAGAACUCUCAGGGGAAACAUUCAUUUUGUACAACCAGCAGCUGAAGGGUAACAAAAGGGAGUUAGUUCAACUUGGCACUCCUAUUUUCGGGCACGUGAAAGAAGACCUUGCCUCUCCAAAAAGUAGCAAUGAGCCAAUUCCCGCUCUUCUCGAACUUGUGAUUGAUCACCUUAUCCAGUGGCAUUUAAUUUCAGAAAACAGGAGACCAAAUGGAUGCAUCAUCAACUUCUUUGAUGGGGGGGAAUAUUCACAACCUUUUCUGAAACCACCUCACCUGGAACAGCCCAUCUCGACGCUUCUCCUCUCCGAGUCGACAAUGGCAUUUGGUCGAAGUCUUGUUAGUGACAGUGAUGGCAACUACAGAGCAUCACUGGUACUUCCCCUUAAGGAAGGAUCUCUCCUGAUAAUGAGGGGAAACAGUGCUGACAUGGCAAGACACGCCAUGUGUUCCUCGUCGAACAAGAGGGUGAGCAUCACGUUCUUCAAAAUCAGGACAUGUGGCAGUGACGUGGACAGCCAUUACAGGUCAUCAUCAUCAUCAUCAUCAUCUAAUGAACAAGUGGUUUCCCUUCCCCCAUUGACAAAAGCCAUGACCUUGUGGCAACCAGCAGCUCCUCUUCCUCCUUCCUACACAUCCCCAAACCUAAACUAUGACACAUCAACGUCAACAAUGGAUCUAAAAAUCCCUAAGACUCUCAUCCGCCCUCCCGUCGUCAUGUUGGCCCCCGUCGUUCACCCGCUACUUCUCAGUCCCGGCCGGAAGCUUCCGGGUUGUGGCGGUGGCGGCACCGGGGUGUUCCUGCCUUGGACAGCUGUCCGAACCGCCAGGAGACACGUCAAGCAUCUCCCACCCCGCGCUCUAAAACGACGAUUCCACCUGGCACUCCCACCUUCCCCGGUUGAACCAGAGACGGACCCCGCCUCCGAGCCAAGCAUCGACGACGACCUCGCUUAUGGGAAUGAGCCAUGACGAAGCUACAAAUGCGUGCUGAUUAUACUUCUUACACAAAGCCUCUGCCCUUUCAAAGUUGUUACAGUGUGUGCCAUUAAACUGUUAGUAGUUGAGUUUUUAUUCUCUGUUUACAAAGUUUUAAUCAUUUUAAUCUCAAUGUAUCGUUUCAAAGCGUUUUUCCAGAAGAAGUGAUCCCCCCUCCCCCAAAUCCAAAAAAUACCUAUAACAUAC